UUAGUUAAUUGACGAGAUACGUAUAUCAAGCACUUGAGACGAGAGGUUGUAUAAGUUAUACUGUUUCCACUACCGCGCACGAUGCCUUUGUGGCUUUUGACACUGCUCCAUCUACAUAUCAAAAAAACUGGUAAGUACACAUGUUCAGUAUCUUCAAAUAGCUGUAUUUGCUGACAACAAAAGGAGCUACUUCUUCAAGGGAAUAAUACCAGUAUCGGGGCGAAAACGGCUGUUCCCUAUCUAGGCAGUCUAGAAAAACGUUAUUCAUGAUAUAACCCAGCGCAUCAUCUGUCAAAUAGCUUGCUGUCGAUAGACGGAAGUAUGUUGGCAUGCUCGGGUCAUCGUAUUCAUGGACCGUUGGCGGAUUUUCUAGUACAUUGUCACGGUCGACGUACCAGCGAUGGAGACCCUUUAGCUCUCGCCUUACGACCCACGUCGCACUUUACCGCUACCAAACGUCCUGGAUCCCCGCUCCAUCGAAAAAGUUCUUUCAGUUGAUGGAAUCCAGGUAUUGCAGUGAGCUAUCGGGGCACAAGGGCAUGUCCGACGUUCUUGUUACUGGGUGGGACGAACACCGGCGAGGGCAUCACACCUACAAGGUUUUGAUGUUUGAAUGCGCAGCUUGUCCGGUCAUCGAGGCUAUACCGCAUCGCUUGUCUAUUAGAACACCAAGAAGGUUGGACGCCUGUCACGCAUGACUAUUUAUUCUGCAUCGAUUUCAGGACAUUAAUUGCACGUACAGCAUAGAACAUAGCCCGAUUGGCCCCUUCGAGUGCCCGAUGAUUCGAGAACUGGAUGGCGAGUAUACUUUGGGACUUACAGCUGCCAAAAUUCAAAGCUAUUGUGCCUUCGUGGGGAAACUUGUGGGGAAAUAGAAAUUAAUCAAUCCACUGCAGCAGAAUCAUGAUCAGGAUAUCGAAGCAAGUAUGUUCUCCCCAUGUUCGCCGCACAUUUGCACACAUCUCCGUUCAGCUGCUUCUGAUAGGGUCACAAGUAUAGACCAUUGAUAUAUAUAUGGAGAAGAAUGAGUGAUACACG